UUUUGCUUUCCCUUCAUUCUCGAUCGUCACACACCUCUUUUUUUGUAACUUUAGAGCGUCCCUAGCCUCUUACAACCAUGAGGAUUGCAGGGCGUUUGACCACAGCUGGAAGGUCAGCAUGGACGUGCUUCCUGCUUCUUUGUUGCAUAUUCUCGGCCUCGGCACAAAACUUUAAAUACACGAAUCGAUUUCCACAAAGCAAACUUUACAACAUGUCCCCGCGAUCCAUCGGCCUACAAGACAUGGACGGCACCAUAGCCGCAUUUGCCGACUUUAACGGAGAUAAAUUUACCGAUAUCUUUGUUCUCAGCACAGACCAGUCAUCUGUCACUGUAUAUACUUGGAACCACGCUUCUUUUAGUUUCAUGCCAAUACCCAACGCACCGCAUAUUCAGCAGCACGAUUUCCUAAUCACGAACAUUGUUCCCGGCGACUAUAACUAUGACGGCAAAUUAGAUAUUCUCAUCAUGGGACAAGACAAUCCAGAUCGGUAUCCCGACGGCGAAAUAAAAUUACGGAUCUAUAUGGGCAACGGGAACGAUACACUAAAUCCGGAAUAUAAAUCGCUCCCUUCUGCGAAGAAAGCUUUACCAAUGGUACUCGAUGUCAAUGGCGAUAUGAAAACGGAUCUCCUCGGUUACGCAUGGAAUGAUGGUGGUAACACGCCAGAUUUAAGCAUGUGGAUCAACACCGCCGAUCCGACUGCAGCAAAUCAAACAAGCAUCUACAACAUUUCCUCGGCCGCUCAAAUAUUCGAUCAAGCACAAACAAGCAAAUGUAUAUGGUCGCAUCCUCAUUCCAAUGCUUUUCUUGAUCUGGACGGCGAUUGUCUUGCUGAUGUUGUGUUUAUAUGUGAAGGACAGUCGGGUCAGCGGCAAGUGCAGCUGUGGACCAAUCAAAGGGAACAAGGGUUCAAGAUGGCCCAACAGUUCGAUCUACCACGCGGAGCAGGUUCCAUUAGCUUCGCAGAUAUGGAUGGUGAUGGCUCGGUCGAUAUGAUAUUCCCAGUAUGCAAUAAUGACAAAUGUCAGAUACAUGUGGUUUACAAUCAACAAAUGGGACUCUGUGCAAAAGCUGAAGAAAGUGAACAUGGUGGACGUUGCAGAAAAGCUCAAAACUUGUGCGUUGCUGAUCCUGAAUUCAAGUUUGAUAUUACACAACCGAACAGUCAAAAUUAUGUCGUAUUUGAAAUGUUCCGCGUGCUGGAUAACGAUGAAUCCAUCCGAAUGGAAGAUACCGCGUUUCGCGGCACUUUGCCGAUUGUCGUGCAACCAGGCGAUUACAAUUUGGAUGGUUACCCCGACCUUCUUGUCACCACGAACAAACGAGUCAUCCUGCUUGAAUCCAUAUUAUGUACACGUACGUUGUGUGCUGACGAAGCGAUCCAAGCAUCCAAACGAAGCUUUUCACUUGUCAGAAAAGGUGUCAGUGCAUUAACUUCGAUCAAGAAUCCACGACAAGCUGCUUUUUUCGAUAUUGAUGAAGACGGAUCUUUGGAUAUGCUGGUUUUACAACCCAAAGGCAUGUCCACCAGUGUGAGCCGAACUCCACAUUUUGUUAUCAACAACUACUUCAAUGAUGCCUUUUUUUUGAAAGGACUGGUAUCCAACGGUGUUUGUCCUAGCUACUGCCCUCAUGAACCUGUAUUUGCAGAUCCAAAGCCCUACGGUGUCAGUUAUCCUGGAGCGACUUUCAAAUUCACAGUGCUUGAUACGUCGGGUGUAAAACGUGCUCAUCAAGUGUCUCAGUUAUCCCAAACAUCGUAUUUGUGCCUUCAAACGCCUUAUUCAUUGUUCGGUCUCGGUCGAACAAAUAACUACGUAGAGGAACUGUUUGCUGGUGUGACCCGUCAUCAGAAAAUGAAUUAUCUAUUCUAUGAGGGCGUGAUUCCCAAUUCACAGCUUGUAUUUAUCCCCUAUCAACCAGAAACAGUUCAAGACAGCUCAUCAUGGAAAGUUGAACUAUACAUCCAACCGGCUGCCUAUGUGCCGUGGGUCUUGGUGAUCUUGAUCGCCGCAGCUGCUAUUCUCGGCAUCGUUGUAGCUAUUCUUCAUUGGAGUGAAAAGCGUGAAGACGAGCUGGAAAGACGAAAGGCACUGCACAUUAUCAAUUUCGACGCUCUGUAAAAUAUUCCCUGUUCAUACGUUGUGUUCAUCCUUUUUUUUUCUCCUCAUCUAUUUUAAUGAAAAAAAAAGCCAUCACCUGUUUAUAAUUAUUGAUUAAAUACAUGU